AGCGGUGCACAUGAAUGACCCUGUGUCCUAGGGAUCACACCAGUGGCCUUUUGUAUCGUGUCUGUUAUGUACAGAAAAAUUAUUACAGCCUUAUCAGUUGACUUGGACCAGCUAUGGCUGCAACGGUCGAAGAACUGCAAUCAAAGAUUUGAGUCGGAUUUGUGCAAAUAUCGAAAGCUGGCGCACUAUUAUUAGCAUCUAUUCGGAAACAGAGGGGCGGUCCGGUGGCCUAGGCGAUAACGGCACCGGUCUUCACACGGCAUGGCCCUGGUUCAAAUCCCACCCAGACCACCUCCCCGGAUGCAGGGCGUGACUACUUUGCUACGGGUAAAAUCAAGUCACAGAACGCCAAAAAUGUGGCAGGCUGCUGAGACCUCUCGAGGUUGUAGUGCCAAGGAAGAAGAAAAGAAGAAGUAACACGUUAAUUAAGAUGUCUGAGCGCCCGAAUCAACGGUGAAUAUCUUGGACAAACCGUCCCUAACUUAGAAUGAGCAGCUGAUAACGAAAAGACCGCCAACUACUGACUGACAGAUUUUUUUUCGGAGUAACUUUUUUGCAGUACCCUUCCCAACUAUUCUGAAGCGAUGUGUGACUAGGACUGAAAAAAUGUUUUUUUUUUUUUGUUGAAUUCUUCUUGGGUAAAUAAUCGAGCAAAAUUGACCAUAUCAAUGAUCUUCAUUGCCAUUCGAAGUUAUUCUAUCUUAUGUCGUUCAUACGUGAAUUGAUCAUUUCGAUGCUAAAUUCACCUCUUUUAUCCAGUAGUGAACCCCGAUCAUAGUCAAAGAUUCGUUCCUAGGCGAUCUCUCUCUCGAUCUUUUUUGUGCAUUUGUGCAACUUUUUUGUGCAUUUUCACCAUGGCAGAACGACAACGUGUGUACGCAACGUUACGUGUGUAAAACGCCAUGCGUGAUCGUGUCUGUAGAUCGUAUGCUACACAGCAAAGCCAAGCAUCGAUUGUGCAACGUUGUUUGCGUUGAUGUUAGUGUGUUUCGUCAUACUGUCAUUGGGUGGCAUCUGAGGGUUUGUUUAUGUCUGAUCAGAUUUUGCUUCUCGCCGUUUUCAUUGCUGCAUGUGCCCUUAGCGGACGACCCUGAUAAACUGCUUGUAAAGUGCAUUGGUGUUUUUGGUACUUUGGCCGAAAGACAGGCUUCUAAAGCAGAACAUUCGGUUUUGCCACAACUAUUCAACAGGUCCGGGGGAGACCCUUAACCAACAUGGGUUCCGAUUGUAUGCAGCCCGGCAAGCGUGGCCUUACGGUGUCGGUCGUGAUUCUAGGUGGUGCCUGCCUAUCCGUAAUGCUGGCCUAUCUGGCCUUCGGUGACAGUACGGAUGAGUCGGGCCUGCGAACGCUUCGCAUGGUGAGCAUCAUUUUCCGCCACGGUGACCGUUCACCCACCGACUUCUACCCGAACGAUCCGCACAGAAAUCAUCACUGGACGGGUGGUUUAGGCGCCCUAUCGGAGAAAGGAUCUCAGCAGAUGUACCAGUUAGGAAAGUUGCUGCGACCACGGUACUACCGUCUACUGCCUCCGAACGGUUUAUACUCCAAGGAGCACAUGACUAUAGUGAGCAGCUACGCUGAACGCUGCAUUAUGAGCGCGCAGAGCUUUAUAGCCGGAUUUCUUCCACCGCUGGAAAACACCAACCCCUUGCCGAUACCAUGGCAACCGGCAGCCGUCAAUGUAUUGCCACGCGAUCGAGACACGAUUUUGGCCCAGAAGCAACCCUGCCCGCGAUACGACCAAUCAAAGCAGCGGCUGCUAGCGUACCCGCCCAAAGAUGUUCGGGAGCUGUACGAAAAGAAUGCGGCACUAUUUCGCACGCUAAGCCAAGGUACGGGCCAAAACAUAAGCACCAUCCUCGACGUUGAGCUGCUGUACAAUACGCUCGAGAUCGAGAAAUCGGCGGGUCUGGAGUUGCCUGACUGGACGGAAGGCAUCUUCCCGCAGAAGAUGCUCCCGAUUGCCGAGCGCAGCCUGGCGCUGAUAACCGAGCUUCCGUUGAUGAAGAAAAUUAAAGGCGGUGCGAUUGUGGCCGAACUGCUGGACAAUGCGAUCCGUCGACGAUCCGGCAUACUGAUUCCAGAGCGCAAUAUUUUCAUCUAUUCCGGGCAUGAUGUCACGCUGGUAAACUUUAUGCGGGCGCUGAAUGUAAUCGAUCAAACGACGGGAAAGCCGGACUUUUCCGCGACGAUCGCAUUCGAACUGCACCACAGCAUUACCUUUGAUGAUGACUUUGAGGUGAAGUUGGUGUACUUCUUCAACAGCGACGACAAAUACCCGAAGGAGAUCGAAAUACCGAACUGUGAAAGUCCUUGUUCGCUGACCAAGUUCGAGCAGGUGAUGGACACGGUGCGUUUGAGAAAUUACGACGAAACGUGCCAGCUAGUGUGAGCUGUGUUUUCGGCCCUUGGUCCAACGCAUCUUGUGAUUUCGUUUUUCUCACGCUGCACUAAGAUGCAUGUGAUGAGCGGUUACUGUUAGAACAAAAACGAUUCAAUAUUACCAAAAAGACAAUCUCCUAAGAAACGUAUUUAAAAUCGUGACAUUGUUACAAUGAUUAAUGUUAUAUUGUUGAACUAUGUUGUUACUGUAAUGAAUAAAAACUGUUUGGAACAUA